AAAAUGAUUUCCAUUCAUCAUUCGAUCAUAUUCUUCUUAUUAUUGUUAUUAUUUUGUGUUUCAACAACAUUCGAAUCGAUAAUUUCAACCGAAAUUGAUCAUCAACCACAACCAAACAAACCGAAUGAAGAAUUGAAACUUGUAUUUCUGUUUCAUCGUCAUGGUGAACGAACACCAUAUCAAUUAUAUCCAAAUGAUCCAUUUAAAGAUAAUAUAACCAAUACUGUUGGUAUUGGACAAUUGAUAAACAAAGGAAAACGUCGUCUUUAUCAUUUAGGACAAUAUCUUUCGAAACGUUAUUAUAACCAAAAUGAUGGUGGUAAUCAUUUUCCAAUCGAAAAAAAAUCACCAAGAAAUGUUUAUGUUAGAAGUUCUGGUUCUGAACGUUGUUUACAAUCCGUUACAUUAUUAUUAGCCGGUAUGUUUCCACCGGAAAAUCAAUGGAAAUGGAUGAAUGAUUCAUUGGGUAGUUUAUGGCAACCGAUUGCAAUACAAACUGUUCCAUUUGAUUAUGAUUCGCUUCUAAAUCCCGAUUAUAAAUGUCCAUUUGCUGAACAUAUAUUAAACAAUGAAAUUUAUCAAUCAAAAGAAGCCAAAAACAUUACUAAAAAAUAUCGAAAUUUAUUUGAAAAACUUUCCAAUUGGACUGGUUAUUCAUUGGAUGAAAUGAAUUUAGUUAAUGCUGCUUAUAUUUAUGAUAUUCUUUUAUCUGAACAUAAUUUUGAUCUGCCAUCACCUAAAUGGUUAAAUGAUAAUAUUUGGAAUGAAUUGAAAAUCAUUAAUGAUUAUGUAUUUCAAUUUAAUUCAACAUCAAGAAAAAUUCAACGUUUUCGUUGUGGUGCAAUUUUUGGUGAAAUUUUUCAUCGGUUAAAUACGCAUUUUGGUGAUGAUAGUCAAUCAUCAUCGUCCACAAAUGAUCGACGUCAUCAGAUUUAUAUCUAUUCGACUCACGAUGAAUGGUUAGCACAAUUUCUUGCAUCAAUGAAAGUUUACAAUGGAAUUCCACCAUCAUUUGGUUCAACCAUAAUGUUAGAAGUAUAUGAAAAUUCACAAAUUAAUGAACCAUAUUUUAAAGGAUUCUAUUUGAAUUCAACUGAAACUGAAUCCGUUUAUCCAUUACAAUUUCCUGAUUGUUUACAGCCAUGUACAUUAACGAAAUUCCGUGAAUCAAUUAAAGAUUUGAUUGUUGAAAAUCCAAAACAACUUGUUGAACAAGAAUGUUUUGUUGAAAUAAAAAAAUAUUUAUAAGUAAAAAAUUUUUUUUGUAAA